AUGAAAUGCCUGCUGAGCAGGCAUACACUGGGGAAAACACUAGGUAGAGUGUUUCAGAGAGUUUCCCUUACACUGGGGGUUAUUAAAUGCAAAGCAGCUGUACUAUGGGAACAGAAUAAACCCUUCUCCAUUGAGGAAAUAGAAGUUGCCCCACCAAAGGCUAAAGAAGUUCGCAUUAAGAUUUUGGCCACAGGAAUCUGUCGCACAGAUGACCACGUGAUAAAAGGAACAAUGGUGUCUAAGUUUCCAGUGAUUGUGGGACAUGAAGCAGCUGGGGUUGUAGAGAGCAUUGGGGAAGGAGUCACCACAGUGAAACCAGGUGAUAAAGUCAUCCCUCUCUUCGUGCCACAGUGUAGAGAAUGCAAUGCUUGCCGCAACCCAAAUGGCAACCUUUGCAUUAGAAGCGAUAUCACCGGCCGUGGAGUACUGGCUGAUGGCACUACCAGAUUUACAUGCAAGGGCAAACCGAUCUAUCACUUCGCAAACACCAGUACAUUUACUGAGUACACCGUGGUGAAUGAAUUUUCUGUGGCUAAAAUUGAUGAUGCUGCUCCUCUUGAGAAAGUCUGUUUAAUUGGCUGUGGAUUUUCCACGGGAUAUGGAGCUGCUGUUAAAACUGGCAAGGUUGGACCUGGUUCCACUUGUGUUGUCUUUGGCCUGGGAGGAGUUGGUCUAUCUGUCAUCAUGGGCUGCAAGUCAGCUGGUGCAUCCAGGAUCAUUGGGAUUGACAUCAACAAAGACAAAUUUGAGAAGGCCAUGGCUGUAGGAGCCACCGAGUGUAUCAGCCCCAAGGACUUUACCAAGCCCAUCAGUGAGGUCCUGUCAGAAAUGACGGGCAACACUGUGGAGUACACUUUUGAAGUUAUUGGGCGUCUUGAAACCAUGGUCGAUGCCCUCGCAUCCUGCCACGCGAACUAUGGGACCAGCGUGGUGGUCGGUGCUCCUCCGUCAGCCAAGCUGCUCACCUAUGACCCGAUGCUGCUCUUCACUGGACGCACAUGGAAGGGAUGCAUCUUUGGAGGUUGGAAAAGCAGAGAUGAUGUCCCAAAACUAGUGUCUGAUUUCCUGGAAAAGAAAUUUGACUUGGACCAGUUGAUAACUCAUGUUUUACCUUUCCAGAAAAUCAGUGAAGGAUUUGAACUGCUCUAUUCAGGGCAAAGCAUUCGAACUGUCCUGACAUUUUGAGAUCCUAAAUGGCGGAAGUCUGUGAGUCUGAUGGUGGCCUGGAGUUUCCCUUUUUACUGUCCCCUCCUUUGAGAUUGUGGGUCUGUCUCAGGAGUAUAAGCAGUAGUAGAAGAUUUGGUGAAGACAGAAAACCUUUAUAAAUAAUUA